CCCAAAACUACAUGUUCCUGUCACGAACACAAACACCAGAGUGCAAUUGGCCGAUACUCCCCAACCAGCCAGCUCAUACUCACGUGAACGGCACAUUGUACUGCUGGAAUAGAGACCUUGACACUUCAUACUGGAUACACGAGCAUGCCUUUAGCUGUCUCAAUUUCGAUAGCCAGAACUGCGUGUGCCCGCGCCUCAAAGCAGACCCCGAGGUGGCCGGGAUAGGUGUAAUCCUCGCCUUCUUCAUCACUGCUUUCCUGACCAUCAUCUCCACGAUAUUCACCCUCCUCCUCACUCGCACCGAUGACCCCUUAUCUCCCGACGGAAUCUGGCCGCCUCCAUCCUCCCCGGCCCACCCUCCCACUCUCAACAAGAUCAAUCAUGUCUCAAGACAAUACAUCGCCCGACCAUUCGUUGUCUUUCUUCACUCUCAUGGAGUCAACAUUCCCGUCAUAACCGCCUGCGCCACCGACCUCGUUAUCUCGCUCUCCGACACCCAGCUCGUCACCGGCCUCGCCGUGCUCGUCGGUGCGCUCGCCUCCCUGUACCGCAGCGACCACGAUGAACCAAUGUCGGUCUAUCAUUUCACCAUCGCCUCUGACCUGGCCUGGUUCUCGUCCACCACACAUCUCUCCUCGCUGCUGGUUCUCCGUUACCACCCACGAAUCUCGGCCAAAAAGGGCCACCGACCCACUCACAUCCGGCCCUGGACGGUGCACCUCCCGUUAAAAAUACGACUUGUCCUCAUGGCUGUUUUCGCCGCUCUUCUCCUCUAG